AUGACCGUCGAGCUAGAGAUAACCCUACCCCGGCUGAAACCGGACUGGAUUCAGCUGAUUAUGGACGAGCGGAGGAUCAAGGAGACGCUGAGGAUUGCCAAGGAAGAAGAUCCAACACGAUAUGGAGAUUUGACACCUGAGAAGGAGAGGGCUUACAUGACAGGUGCCCUCUCAACCCUGAACACAUACCUGAGAAAUGUACUGGACGAUGACGGCACCGGCCCUCAGAAGCGGAUUGCUGUUCGGAACAAGACGUUUUUCGUACAGUUCGGUCGGUCAUGCGAGCCCAUCUUCCAAUACCUGGGAUUCAAGGAACAGUAUGACGACGAAACACGCGACACUUACUGGAUCCCGCCGCGGUUGACUCCCCAGGAGGGCAAAACAGCUCUCGGUUCCCCCAGAGCAUUUUAUGAAGAUGUGAGGAGCGAAGUGCAGAGCGUGCUUGAUGACAGGCCUCCUCUGGAUGGACAGCGGGUGGUCCGGCCGUUGUUCUCGGCUCGUGAUCAGUUGGAAAAGGCCCUUGGAUGUGACAAAGUCCCCGAAAGUGCAAGCCCAUUACCUGUCGACAACAGCGAGGCGCAACAUUUCCGGACCCUGGGGGCGCCCGUCAAUGCGGAUGAUGCCAUGCUUAAAUUUGCGUACAGAAGGCAGACGGAGAUAAAUGCAGAGCACAUACCCCUCUAUCUAGGAGCGCUCGGGAACAUAGCCCGUCGCAGGGGGGAGGAACUGCAGAUGUUUGUUUUCACCGAGCAGGAGCUGCUUGAAAAGAAACAUAGAAGCACAAACGCAUCAGUCUCUCCUGCUGACCCCAUUGAAAAAGCCUUUGCGCAUUUCGGUCUCUCCAAAGAUCGGCGAGAGCCAGCAUCGUUUUUCAUCGGUGUGUACAGGAACUACAGAGAACAGGCCCCGGCACAGAAAUCGGCCCACCGCCAAGCCCUAGGAAUGAUCGCGACAUAUCUGGACAACCAGGAAAUUAAGGAUGAGGUGUUUCGAAAGAAUAUGGAAUUGUCCGAGGCUUGCCAAUACUUGGGUGUGGAGGACAGCUGGCCCCUGGACAGCAUCGCAGCUACUGCACAGAGCUUGGUAUCGGCAGAACAGGAUCCAGAGAUCGAUCCAGAGCUUGUCCUCCUGGCCCUCGAGACCAUUGCUGCCAGUCGACCAAUGGACGACCCGAACCGUGAAGCCUUCAGCCGAAUGGUCACAGAGCUUCAGUCGAGCCGCAAAUCUAGCCCGGCUGAUCUUCCCCAUUCUCCGAGCCCCGGGAAUGGAGAUGUAGAUCUCCCGGUUGGCCUAGCCAAUCUCCGGAACACGUGCUAUCUCAACAGCAUACUCCAGUAUUUCUACUCGGUCAACGCGGUCAGAAAUCUAGCUCUGAAUACUGAUCUGGCCCCACUUGAGCCCACCGAGCCGAACCUGAGUAAUUUGCUGCGUGGGAAUGACGGUGACAGCAGCAGCCAGAAGGAGCCCAGCUUGGAGACGGGCAGAGCGUUUGUUGGCCAUGAGUUUACUCGCGAACUGGGCACUCUUUUCAAGGAGCUCGAUGAGUGCGGGACAAAGUCAAUAUCUCCGAGGCAACGUCUUGCCAACGCUGCUUUAUUGAGACCAGAAAAGCUGCGUCCCACGUCUUCGGGUGCCAAGCCUGCGGAAGUUUCAAGCAACACUGACGCGCCGCCACUACCGCCUCGCGCGGGUGAAGGCUCCAACCCAAAGAUUCCGUUUGCACCAAUGGUGGAAGCAGAACAGUCCGAUACUGAUAGCCCCGACAGCGCGCAAACAUUGGUGAACCCGGCUGAUGAAGAAGUCUCGCUGAUCACCCAAGAGAAGGACAAUGCCGCACCUAAGGAUAGCCACGAGGAGCAAGCCCCAGCCAAUACUGCUGACGACCACCCGAGGGAUGGAGGGACUAAGACCUCGAAGUUGAGUGUCGAAGAGCUCGCCGCCGAGCUUGACAAGCCCAACGUCGGGUCCGACCAAAUGGACGUUGAUGAAGUGAUGGGCAAUGCGAUUGAUCACCUCCGGGCCGCCUUCAAGGUUGCCCACAUUGGCUCAGAUGACGUGCGUGAUCCCAUUGAGUGGGCUUUCUUCUCGACCUUUAUCGACAACCGGAAGAAAAUCGGCGAGACCGAGUGGAAUCGGACCAAGAGGUUGGAUCGCUGGGUGACAGCAUACCCGGCUCAGUCAGGUCCUCGGGACCUGUACGACGCGUUAGAGAACUCGUUCGAUCUUGAGCGUCUGCCUGGCGAUCUGCUGUCGUUUACAACCAUCCAAACGCCGGCGCCGCAUUUCCACAUCUGCAUUCAGCGUUCCGACGGUGUCAGGAAGAACACGAAUCCGAUCACCAUACCCGAGACACUGUAUCUCGACCGCUUCAUGGAUUCUGGCGACCAUGAUUCGCCGCUUUCCAAAGCCAGGAAGCGCAGGUGGGAUAUCAAGACCAGGCUGAACGAGCUUACCCAGGCCGUGGCCGGCGAGGCCCCUGGAACGGCCAAGGUCGAUGCCCGUGUUGCUGAAGGCCCUUCGAAGUCUACAGCGCAAGACGAUUUCUCCAUCAACGAGGUUGACGACUUUCUGGUCAUAGGACACCUAGAUGCGCCAGGCGGAGACUCGUCGCCGGCCGCGACUAGCAACGUGAACGCAGGACUGGCUGCGGAUAAGAUGGAGCUCGACCCAGCCAUCGAGGCAUUGCUAGGGAAAUACGGCGUUGAUAAGCCUGAGAACAUCGAGGCAUCCGCCAUGCCACCGCCACAACCGAGCGCAGAUAGGAGCCUGCAACUAACACCAUCAGUGCUCGACGAGUUCUGGACCAAGUUCGGCAAAGAGGAGGCUGACGAAAGAGACCGCUUGAUUGCCGAGCGAGCUGAACUCUUUAGCGGCUCCCAGCAAGUCGCCUAUCGGCUGCACGCCGUCGUCUGCCACGCGGGCUCAAGCGCCUCUGCGGGCCACUACUGGGUCUGGAUCCACGACUUUGAGCAGGACGUCUGGCGAAAGUACAACGACACGACCGUGUCGGUGCACCCGGCUGACUUCGUCUUUGAGCAGCUCAACACCAAGGGCGAGCCCUACUACCUCGCUUAUGUCCGGGCGGAGGAUGUACACAACCUCGUCAGCAUCCCCCGCCGUCGGCAGCAGGUACCUCCAGCGGCGCCGCCGCCGGAGCAGCAGCAGCAGCAGCAGCAGGAGCAGCCCCAAGGGUCGGUUGAGGACGUUGUCAUGGUCGACGGGGGAGACAGGACGGCUGCGCUCGCGCAUAUCGAGCCGCUCCCUGCGUACUCGGCUAACUAG